AUGCCGAGUGAUCAUAAGUUGUUGAGAGAAUUCAGCGGGAUCGACAAGAUUCACGUUGUUAAACGAGAUGGUCGACAUGAAAGUAUUCACUGCGAAAAAAUCGUGAAACGGAUCCGUGCACUGUGUUAUGGCCUGAAUGAGUCAUAUCUUGACGUGGAGGCCGUAACACAACGUGUGGUUACUGAAGCUUUGCGCAAUCUGGUGAGAGCCAAUGCUGACAGAUUUGAUAAUGCUAUUGACUACGAACGAGAUUACACAUAUAACUACUUUGGAUUUAAAACUUUGGAGAGAUCAUAUCUUCUGAAAGUUGGUGGGAAAGUUUAUGAGCGUCCACAACACAUGCUUAUGCGUGUUUCUAUUGGAAUACAUAUGUCAGACAUCGAUAGUGCUAUUGAGACAUACAAUCUAAUGUCAGAAAAAUGGUUUACGCAUGCUUCUCCGACGCUUUUCAAUGCUGGAACACCAAAACCACAACUUUCAAGUUGCUUCCUGAUUACAAUGAAGGAUGAUAGUAUCGAGGGGAUUUAUGAUACAUUAAAAGAAUGUGCUAUCAUAUCUAAAAAUGCUGGUGGGAUAGGUCUGAACGUGCAUAACAUUCGCAGUCUUGGUACUUAUAUAGCUGGAACGAAUGGUGAAUCUAAUGGUCUAAUUCCGAUGUUGCGCGUAUUUAACAAUACUGCACGCUAUGUUGAUCAAGGAGGCAACAAACGUCCAGGCGCAUUUGCUAUGUAUUUGGAACCUUGGCAUCCCGAUGUAUUUCAGUUUGUAGAAAUGCGCAAAAAUACAGGCGCUGAAGAAGUUCGAGCUCGAGAUUUGUUCUUUGCUCUAUGGAUACCUGACAUUUUCAUGCGUCGUGUUGAAGCUAACGAUAAAUGGACAUUGAUGGAUCCUCAUGAAUGUCCAGGUUUGCCAGAACUAUGGGGUGAAGAGUUCGAAGCUCUUUAUGAACAAUAUGAACGAGAAGGUCGUGGCAGACAAACAGUCAAGGCACAAGAGCUCUGGUAUGCUAUUAUUGAAAGUCAGAUUGAAACAGGCAACCCAUUCAUGCUGUAUAAAGAUGCAUGCAAUCGAAAAUCUAACCAUCAGCAUUUGGGAACAAUUCGCUGCAGCAACCUGUGUACAGAAAUCGUUGAAUAUUCGUCUCCUGAAGAAACAGCUGUCUGCAAUUUAGCCUCUAUUUCCCUAGGAAAAUUUGUUGAUCGCCAAAAUCGUACUUUUGAUUUCACUAAACUCCAAGAAGUCACAAAAGUUAUCACGCGAAAUUUAAAUAAAGUCAUUGAUGUUAAUUUCUAUCCUGUUGAAGAGGCUCGCAGGUCAAAUAUGCGUCAUCGACCGAUCGGGAUUGGGGUACAGGGAUUGGCAGAUACAUUUUGUCUUAUGAGGUAUCCCUUCGACAGCCCUGAAGCAUCAGACCUUAACAAACGAAUAUUUGAGACAAUCUACUUUGCAGCUCUUGAUGCUUCAUGCGAGUUGGCAGCUGAACAAGGAACAUACGAAUCCUAUGAAGGUUCUCCAGUCAGCAAAGGCCUACUACAGCCUGAUAUGUGGGGUGUAGACACUGAAAAAUUAUCUCUAAUAUCUGGAUUAGAUUGGAGUGGAUUACGAGCACGAAUUAAAAAAUAUGGAUUACGGAAUAGUCUUCUCCUUGCGCCUAUGCCGACUGCAUCAACCUCUCAGAUCCUUGGAAACAAUGAAUCCACUGAACCAUUCACAAGCAACGUCUUUUCUCGUCGUGUUUUAAGCGGUGAAUUCCAGAUUGUGAAUCCAUAUCUUCUUGAGGAUCUUACAAAGUUAGAUUUGUGGUCAGAUAGUCUUAAAUCAGCUAUAUUGCUGAAUCAAGGUUCAAUUCAGCAUAUCGAUGGAAUCCCUGAAGAGUUGAAGCCUUUGUAUAAGACUGUUUGGGAAAUCUCUCAGAAGAAAAUUAUUGAUAUGGCAGCUGACCGUGCACCUUUCAUUGACCAAAGUCAAUCUCUUAACUUGCAUCUUGCUCAACCUAAUUAUGGGAAAAUAACUAGCAUGCAUUUUUAUGCUUGGCGAAAGGGUUUAAAGACGGGUAUGUAUUAUCUGCGGACACGACCGGCUGCUGAUCCCAUCAAGUUCAGUGUGGAUAAAACAAAACUCAAUGUGCUAACUGAUUCUACCGCAAAAACAAAUGUGAAUGGUGAUUCUAUUGAUCAAAAUGUUGAAGCUAUGGAAGAACUUCGAAUAAUGGAAGAAAUACAGAAACGCAAUACUGAAGCGAUUGCUUGCAGUCUCAGUAAUCCUGAAGGAUGUCUAAGCUGCCAAGGAUAA